CUCCAACACAUACCAUACAUGAAGUAUCUCCUAGUAAGAUUCCAAGAUGGCGCAUUCAGGUAUUUCUGCGGGUGCGAAGGGUAGACUUGUCGCAGUGAUCGGAGACGAAGACACUUGCACUGGCUUUUUACUGGGUGGAAUAGGAGAAAUCAACGGCAAGAGACAAAAGAAUUUCCUAGUUGUAACCAAAGAAACAUCAGUGAGUGAACUUGAAGAAGCUUUCUUGCACUUUACUAGUAGAAGUGAUAUUGCCAUUCUAUUGAUAAAUCAAAAUAUUGCGGAGGAGAUCCGACAUAUACUUGAUAAUCAUGACAAGGCUAUCCCAGCCAUUCUUGAGAUACCAUCCAAGGAACAUCCUUAUGAUCCAUCCAAGGACUCAAUUUUAAGGAGAGCAAAGGGACUAUUCAGUGCAGACGACUUCAAGUAGAGUCCACAGCUACUAACUGCAACCAAAUUACAAAUUUACAAGGUUCAUUAUAACAUUUUUUGCAGAUCUGCAUUAUUAUGUAAUUAAAUUAAACUGUAGUAUAAUUACAAAUUUGAUAGACUGAAACAACAAUUCAGACUUAUUUAAUAAGGGAAAAAUUCCAAAAAAUGAGAUAUUGUAAAUUACAUCUAGCUAGUCAACCUUAGCUUUAGCAAAAUCGGCUAGUUUGAAUAAAGAGGGACCUUCAGCAAUUAGGACAGGAACUCCAAAGACAGCUAUAUCCAUUGAAAAGUUGUAAUUUUAUUUUCCUCGAGAGUCUGGCAAUUAUCCCCCAUUUUCAAUUUGUCUAUUGUUUGAAGAACUAGCCCAGACUAAAUGUUUUAAGCUUGUAUUCAAUUCCAAUGAGAAAUGACGUGUCAUGCAAAUUUGGUAAUUACACAAUUUUGAACUGUUUUGCAGAGGACAGCUUAUAAAAGCUUAUAGUUGUAUUUUGUUUAUUGAUGUUCUCCUUGCUGUUGCGGUGUGCUAGAGCUCCUUUACCCAGACAUGGUUCAUGUUGGAGAGAAUUAAAUCUUGAAUUGGAAAUAAUGCCAAUUGAUAUAGACUAGCUAAACAAGCAAAGUUGUGUGGCACCUUUUUUUCUGAAAAUUAUGCAGCAAUUAUUAUAGUUACAUUCCAAAGCGAGCACAGUAGUGUCCCACCUUUGUAAUAUACCUACUUUUUUUCCAUUUAACUCCCUUUGCAUAUAACACCAACACCUCCUUGAUAUAACCAUAAUUCGGUGACCCCUUGGCAGUUGUGCUAGUGGGGUUCCAAUCAUAAUAAUAUUAUUAAUAUUCAUGUUCUGAAUUUACAGGACUGCUCAUAUACAUUUAGUCAGCAGUUUUAGUCAUUAUUUGGGGAAUAAUAAACAGUCCCAAAAUUUUAAUUUAAUAACAAUGCAAAUAAAAACGUGGUCUUAUUUUAUUUGGAAAAA